AUGUCGAUCAACCCCCGCCGCACCGUUCUCCUCAUCUGCGACGUGCAGGACCGCUUCCGCGGUGCGAUCCACGCGUUCGACGCCAUGUCGAGCAACAUCCAAAAGAUGAUCCGCGCGGCGCAGAUCCUCGACAUGCGCGUGCUCACGACGGAGCAGAACCCGAAGGCGCUGGGCGGCACGAUCCAGGAGCUCGGGAUUGACAAGCUGCCGCAGCACCUGAACAUGGGCGUGUUCCCCAAGUCCAAGUUCAGCAUGAUGACGCCCGAGGUGCUGCGCACGCUUGGUGGAAAGUGGGCCGAGAGCGUCGGCGGGCCCGCCGGCACGGGGAACACGGAGGAGGUCGAGCGCGUCAUCAUUGUCGGCAUCGAGAGCCAUGUGUGCGUCACGCAGACGAUCCUCGACUCGAUCCCGCUCAGCAAGUACAAGCCCAUCGUUGUCGCCGACGCGGUGUCUUCUUGUAAUGCCGCCGAGGUGCCUAUUGCUCUUGACCGGCUCGCGCGCGCCGGCGCCGAGGUGUCCACCUCUGAAAGCGUCCUGUUCCAGCUCAUGGGAGACGCGUCGUACCCCCGCUUCAAGGAGUUUGCAAACCUCAUCAAGGAGUACAAGGACAGCACGGCCAAGACGUUCGACGUCCUCCUCAAGGCUAAGAUCAACUAA